GAGUUUGGUUCAGGAGGCGGAACAUUUAUUACAGGAUGGAUUUUGGGUUUCUUUCCAUACGAUCGUAAUGGAAGUGCUUUACAUCAAAACCAUUUAGAUUUUGAGAAUUUUCCACCACCAGGCACAGUCGAAACAAUUGUUUCUCCUGUAAUCGGAUGGUCUAUUGAUGAUGAUGACGAUGACAUUUCUAAGAAAAAUUCACAUUUGCGUGAUAAGAUGUG